GCCGGCGCAAAUGUGAUAGGAACCGUCCUUUGCAGGCGGCUGUUCUGCAAGCGCUAAUUAUUUACUGUGGUAGCCCCUGUGACCGAAGCUGAGGCGUUAUCGAUAAAUCGGUUUUGCUGUUUUUCCGUGUGGAAAUAGGCUUUGUUUUAACGUAUCACAGGCCAAAUUACACCCCGAUCAACGCAAGCGCACCACCAGGAAGCUCAAAUUUGUGUAUUAGACAUGUCGUCGAAGAAGAACCAAACAAAUGCGCUGAAGGCUGAAGAUGUUGUCCAGGCUGUGCUUUUGGCUGAUAAUUUUACAGAGAAAUAUUGGCCCCUUGCAAGCCGCUGGCUGGAUGGUAGCAAUCCGAUGGUGAUACACAUCCAGACGGCGGAAGACUGCCUCUCUCUUGGUGAUGUCAUGAGAGACCUGGAUGCCAAGGCGCUCAUCCAGUCUGACUUUCUCUCAUUGCUGCUGGCGUGCCCGACCAAGAGACGGGCCCGUCGUGGUGCACCACAGCGGCUGGCGGCCGGCCAGCGGGGCAAGGUCACACUCCCCCUGCACAUUUUCCAGGCGGCCAGCGCCGUGGAGGUGCGGUACGACCUGCUGGACCCGGGCAUCAGCAUCUGCUCGCCAAACGUGCCCCAGCUCUUCUCGGACAACUUUGACUUCCAGACGCGCGACCACUUCGUGAAGGGCAUCAUCGUUAACGAGGAGAUUCUGGGAAGCACCAUCUACUACAAGUGCCUGAGCGCGGACUACGCUGCCCAGAUCAGCGGUCUGAAACGCGCUGGUGACGGUGACGUCAUAAGGCGGGACGUGAUGGACCGCUGGGCGUACCCGGUGGUUCCUGAGAACCGCGGCCACACCAGCCACAUCCGCUGCAUCCAGCGAAAUGUCUACAGGCACAGGACGGCCACCGUUGGCAGGGACAGUCGGCUGGAGGAGAGCGUGGCGCUGGCCGACGGCGUCAUUGUGGGACUCCGCUGCCGCCUGCUGCGAGCCGUCGUCGGGCCCGGUUGCCGGCUCGGCGACGACGUGGUGCUCGAGGACGCCGUGCUGGACCUGCGCCCGGACGUGGUCCUCGAGCCUGGCUGCGUGCUGGGUCCGGGCGUGGUGGUGGACGAGAUGCGCACGCUGCCGGCCGCAUUGCCGUCCGAGCCGGUGGCCGUACCAGCAGUGUCGUCCGAGCUGGUGCCGUACCAGCAGUGCCGUCUGACCCGGUGCCGUACCGGCAGUGCGCGUGAGCUGGUGGGCGACAGUGGCCGCGGGUUCGUGUACGCGGCGGUGCCGUACCAGCAGUGCCCGUCUGACCCGGUGCCGUACCGGCAGUGCCGCUGUUCUACAACGAGGGUGUUGGACAGCCUGGUUCGCGGCUACAGUGAGAAGAUCCGGACGGAAAACCUCAUCCUGGAGGUGAACUCGUCCAAGUUCGCUUACAACGUGACCGUCCAGGAACUGAACUCGCUGGUGGUCAAGGCCAUCCUGUCCGUGCCCGAGCACGGCUGCGACCAACCGCUGCCGCCGCCGGCCUUCCUGGCCAAGCUGCAGUCGGUGCUGGCCACCUUCAUGCCGUUGUUGGCCAACUACAUCAAGAACGAGGAGUCUGAGUGGAGCUGCCUGCGGGCGCUCGAGACGUUUAGCUGCGAGCACGCGGCGAUGGCGGCCUGCUUGGCGAAGGUGCUGAUGGUGCUGUACCAGAAGGACAUCCUGUCCGAGACCACCAUUCUGGCCUGGUACAACGAGUCGCAGGAGCUGACGCCGGAGGCGGUCCGCGUCCGGCAGCAGGUGCGGCGUCUGGUGGAGUGGCUGGAGCAAGCCGACGAGGAAUCAGAGGACGACUCGGGCAGCGACGACGACUGAGCCUGAACAUCGCUUCUGCCAGUGUUAAUCGG